AUGUCGUUACCGGUAUCACAAUUCCUUUCCCCACCACCCAUUGGGUCUGUUCUCUUCAAGAACCCGCCAGACACCGUCCCUCCGACUGAUGAACUAGAGUCCCUGCAUGCGGAACUCAAAAAUUUGAAACAGAAGACUUUGGAGCGAGCCAGGAAGGCAGGAGAAGACCUCAAGGCUAUUGAAGAGUCGAUGAGGCGUCUGAAGGAGAAGGAGAAGGGAAAGGCUAAAGCAAUCGAGAAGGUGAAGAAGGAACGCGCCUUCACUCCACUUCCGAAUGGCGAUGAAGCCAGAUUGCCCUCUCAGCCACCAGUAGCUCAACAGAAACCUCGCUUACCAUCAGUGUCCGCGCCUUCAAUCCCUCCUACGCCCACUCCCACUGUGGAGCCUCGCAAGUCCACGGCGGAAGAGUCGAAGAAGAAGAAAAAGAAACGGAAACGUGACGAACUCAGUGAUAUUGAGCCGGAACCAGUUAAGGUCAGGAAAGCAUCCCCUGUACCUGCUCACACACAUCCACAUUUACCGCCGCCUCCAUCGGCUCCAAAGCCUCCUAAAUACCCGUCCUCAUCUCUGGUGUUUAACAAGCCUGCCGCUGGACCUGAUUUUGCAUUGCCUCCGCCCAUGUCCCUGCUUCCCGCUCGUCCACCUGUCCAGCCAACACCGGUGGCAGGACCGAGCAAAACGACAGAUGUAGAGGAGGAUUUCAGCAAAAGUAAACCUUCUGGUCAGCAAGUGCAGAUCAUGACCUUUUACACCAGCAUCGAGCCGUGGAUUCGCCCAAUCAAGGAGGAGGACGUGGGGUUUCUGGAGUACACUGCUGACGAAUUAGAGCCAUUCGUGAUGCCGAAACUUGGGCGUCAUUACUCAGAAGUCUGGGAAGAGGACGACACUGCUCUGCACGGCGGCCCGCUUCCCGGCACAGCUGCCGUGCGUACAGGCCGAAGUUAUGCUUCGAGUUUGACGUCCCCGUUGCCGCGCUGGGAGCCAUCGACACUCAUGGAAUCUGACUUGCUCACUGAGGAACGGGGUCAUGGACCUCUGACAGAACGGUUGAUUAGUGCUCUGAUACCCAUGCACGACUCAACCGAAUGGAAAGGUGUCAAGGCAGCUGAAGAGGCGAUGGAGGGACGUCCUGGGACGAACGGUGCCGCCGCCGCCGCAGCGCGAGAUAAGCUGAAUGUCGCAGAUCUGGAAGAUCGCGUGAAGAACGUCUUACGCUUUCAUCGCCUCCUAGACGAAGUUCCCGAUUUCUCGGAGGCAGUAGAUGACCCCAUUGCCACCGCUUUGCGCCAUGCCCAGCGCGAACUGCGCACGGUCCUUGCCACAAACAAGGUUCGCAGAGCACGUCUCACCGCUAUUGCCCGCGACCGGCUCGGGUAUCAAGAGUAUGUCGAGAUGCGCGAUUCCCUCGACAAGAACAUAACUACCCUAUAUACCAAGUUGCAGAGGAAGGAUGGCCCCAAAGCUAAUAAGAAAAAGAAGAAAGGCGCGGAGCUUAACGGAGGUGUCAAUGGGGUGCAGCCGACCGGUAUCAGCGCGCUGCCUCCAUGUCCUGCUGCGCUUGGUUUGGGCCACGACGAGGAUAAUCGGCUGCAUGUUCCCGAACAGCUCCAGCAUCUAGUGGAGACUCGGCGGCGAUGGGUCGACACGAUCGGUGGGGUGUUUCACGACAAGCAGCAGCAGCAUCCCGGUCGGAUAUGGGGCAUGCCCCAAUACAGUGUCUACGAGGAUAUCGACGAGGAGGUGCGACAAGAGUUGGCACGGCUCGGGCCUCCGCCUUCUGCGCAGAGUGCGAAGGAGGCGACUGCACGGACUAGUAACAGUACAGUGAGUGUCUCUGCGAAGGGGAAGGAGAGAGCAUUGGAUGGCAUGGAGAUUGGAUGA